UCAGACUAAAGUUAGACUACUGUAUGUUUAUCUCAGUAUUUUAAAUCUUUCGCAUAGUUUAGUGGGUUGUGUUUCUUUAUUUAAAAUUUCCGAUUAGUUGGGAAAUGAUUCGCAUUUUAUCAUUCAAACAAUAAUGGCGAAAGUGUUUAACUCAGUAGUCGUUUCACGUGUUGGAAAUGAUGGGGAUUUAUUGCCAUUAUUCGAAUUCCCAGUGACAGUGAUAGUGGAAUACGACCCUCAAGGACUAAGUAUUAAAUUAAAAAGAUACUUAAAUAAUGGCAGAAGUGACGAUGUGUACGAUUUUACUGUGGAUAGAUUGUCUGAAUGUGCUCGGAUAGGAACCAAGUCAUAUAUAUUCAAUAAUGAAAAUGAGAGUUUGUGUCUCAGGUUUAGAGAAGCACUAGAUUUAAACCGUUUUCAUUCUCUUAUUAGUGAAGCUAAAGUUAGGAAGAAUUCUGUUUUUUCUGAAAGAACUGAUGAUUCUUCUGCCAUCCAGUAUUUCCAGUUUUAUGGAUAUCUAUCACAGCAGCAAAACAUGUUACAAGACUACACCCGAACUAGCACAUAUCAGAAGGCAGUACUCGGUAACUCAGACGACUUUAGGGAUAAGGUUGUCCUAGAUGUCGGGGCAGGUUCAGGCAUCCUGUCAUUCUUUGCUAUACAAGCAGGAGCCAAGAGAGUGUAUGCUGUGGAGGCAAGUUCAAUGGCUCUUCAUGCAGAGACAUUAGUAUCGUCCAACAACUUAAAGGACAAAAUUCAUGUGAUAGCAGGUAAAAUUGAGGAAAUUGAAUUACCAGAAAUGGUUGAUAUCAUGAUAUCAGAACCAAUGGGAUACAUGUUGUACAACGAAAGAAUGUUAGAAACAUACUUACAUGCAAAGAAAUGGCUUAAACCUAAUGGUAUAAUGUUCCCUACCAGAGCAGAACUAAACGUAUCUCCUUUUAUGGACGACUCCUUGUUUCAGGAACAGACUAGCAAAGCUAACUUUUGGGUACAGACCAACUUCCAUGGAGUAGAUCUCAGUUCUGUGAGGGAUGCCGCCAUGAAGGAGUAUUUCCGCCAGCCCAUUGUUGACACUUUUGACAUACGAAUAUGCUUGGCAAAGUCUCUCAAGCAUAAGGUUGACUUUAGAUACGCCCAUGAAUCCGACCUCCAUAGAAUAGAAAUUCCUCUUGAAUUCAACUUGUUUGAGACAGGCACAAUUCAUGGACUAGCUUUCUGGUUUGAUGUCGCAUUCGCUGGAAGUAGACAGGUCAUCUGGUUGUCUACGGCUCCUACAAACUAUUUGACCCACUGGUAUCAAGUACGAUGUCUUCUGGAGAACCCCAUCUUUGCUAAGGCGGGUCAACUCCUUACAGGAAAAGUAAUCCUCCAAGCUAACCAGAGGCAGAGUUACGAUGUGACAAUAGAUGUCUGUGUUGAUGGGAAUGAACAGACUCGAUCAGUAAACACUCUAGACUUAAAGAAUCCGUGCUUUAGAUAUAAUGGACAGCCUGUACCAACACCACCCGGCGUGGCUACAACCUCACCUUCAGAAGACUACUGGACACAGCUGGAUGAACAAGGAGCUCGAGAAGCAGUCGAUAUGGUUAAUGGUAUAUCAGUUAAUGGCUUAGGCGAAGCUCAAAUGGAAGCUACUCAGAACCAUACCAGCCUCACAGGUCUGGGAGCUGUUUGUGUGCCUGUCAGUCAGCCUAACAUCCAUCCAUUAUCCAUCAGCAGUACCAGACGGCAAAGGACAGGUUCAGGGUCUGGAACUGUCACUUCCACAGGUGCCUCCCAGCUCAUCAGUGGCGGAAUUUCUUCCACCCUCUCUACAUCCCCUCAGACACAUCAGCUGGUGCUUGACAACACUGCUCACUUCCCUGUCAACAAUAGUCUCAUGAUCGGAGACUACGUCACCACCACUACUGGAGCGUUCAAUGUGCAGGGCUAUAGACAAUAAUCUUUUCUUUCGACAUCUCCUCCUCAAAUUAUGAUAGUUUGGUCAGUUUUACCUUAGUCUGGCUCAGUCAUUGCUCCAUAACUUUAUACAAAGAAAUAAUCUGAGGGAAAACUCAUAGCCUCAAUGACAAAUUACCAAAAAAUCUUAAUCAUUUUUAUCCAUGUUCAUAACAGUAGCCUACUUAAGUUAAGUUCUUUUAACGAUUUUAACCCCUUAAUUUUAAAACGAUGGAACAGAAAAUAUUUCUAGGUACCGGUAUUUUGAAUUCUAUUUUGUAAAGGUGUUCGAAACUUAAAACUAGGCCAAGGACUUAAAGGAUAAGUAGCCCAUCUGUAAAUAUUUACAUGUUUGUAAUAUUUUUUUAAUAGCCUACAUUUUAUUUAUUUUUAAGUUUAGGCCUACAUUGUUGAUUUGUAAAACAUUAAAUAGCCUAUGUAGCCUAAAGUUAGGUUAAUGUUGGAUAAAGCUCUAGGUUGGACUUAAAUACAAAUACGGUAUUUUUAAAAGCAUAACUUAAUUUUGAUGAUGACACUGGCAGUAGGCCCUACUGUCAAUCAACAAGUAUUGCUGGGCUGCACUUUAGCUUACCAUAUUGAAUGAAUUGAAUGAGUGUAGGACGUAAACUAAAGUGCAGCCUAUUGCUGGGUAAAAAAAUAAAUAAGAGAACUUAUAAAAUAAAACCUUCACUUUUUAAUAUAAAUAGUUCACAAGGCAGGUACGGUACCUAAACUUUUUACCGGAAAAGUCAUCCUCCAAGCUAACCAGAGCACUCAAUAGGGCUUAUUUCCUUCAGUAUUGUUGCAGACAUUUUUUUCAGCUCUUAUUUUACCUAUGUAAUUUGAUGUUGGUCUUGUACAAUGUGUUUCAUGUCUGUAAUGAAUUGAUU